UUUUCCAUUCAUAUCUUUUGAUUACAAAGCAUAUUUCAAACGUCAGAUUAGCACAAAACACAUAGUUGAGAGUCGAGACUCGACAGUGAGCAGUGAGCAGCGGUAACCGUAGUAAAAAAAAGAAAGAAAGAAUGGAAGACGGAGAGAUAGACGAGGAAGGCGUGAUGGUUGUGGAAGAAGAAGACGCGCCGCCGCCGCCGCCGCCUCCGCCGUCGCGAAAGAUAGAUUCAAAGUCGCCAUACGAACAGCUUCAAGAGAGCAAAGCCUCGGUUGAAGACAUCGUUUCCAAAAUGCUCUCCAUCAAAAGAGACUCCAAACCUAAACCUCUUCUCCGAGACCUCGUCACUCAAAUGCUCCUCCACUUCAUCACUCUCCGCCAGGCGAACCGAUCGAUAUUGCUAGAAGAGGAUCGAGUGAAGGCAGAGACGGAGCGAGCAAAGGCGCCAGUGGAUUUCACGUCGCUUCAGCUUCACAACUUGAUGUACGAGAAGAGUCACUAUGUGAAAGCUAUAAAAGCUUGCAAGGAUUUCAAGUCUAAAUAUCCCGAUAUCGACUUGGUAGCUGAGGAAGAGUUCUUUCGUGAUGCGCCUCAAGAUAUUAAAGCCAAGAAGUUGUCGAAUGACGCCGCUCAUGAUCUCAUGAUGAAGAGGCUCCAUUUCGAGCUCUUCCAGCGUAAAGAGCUAUGCAAACUUCAUGGGAAACUAGAACAACAGAAGAAAGGUCUUUUGGAUAUAAUUGCAGACCGAAAGAAAUUCUUGUCAAGUCUCCCUUCACACCUUAAGUCUCUUAAGAAAGCAUCCUUGCCAGUACAGAACCAGUUAGGGAUUCAGCAUACAAAGAAAUUAAAGCAGCACCAUUUGGCAGAGUUGCUUCCACCUCCUCUUUACGUGUUAUACUCACAGUUCAUAGCACAAAAGGAAGCAUUUGGUGAAAAUAUCGAUUUGGAGAUAGUAGGAAGUGUGAAGGAUGCUCAAACUUUUGCCCGUCAGCAAGCAAAUAAGGACACUGGCAUAUCUACCAAUGUUGAGAGUUCCAGAUUGGACGAUGAUGCAGCCGAUGAGGAAGAUGAUGGCCAGAGGAGGAGAAAGCGGCCAAAGAGGGUUCCAAGCAAGGAGAGCCUUGACCAGGAGGGAGUGUAUCAAGUUCAUCCACUUAAAAUUAUUCUUCAUAUUUAUGAUGAAGAGGUUUCUGAUCCGAAGUCUGCAAAACUUAUAACUCUGAAGUUUGAAUACUUGUUAAAGUUGAAUGUGGUGUGUGUUGGGAUUGAAGGGUCCCAUGACCGACCUGAGACUAACAUCUUAUGCAACUUAUUCCCUGAUGACACUGGUGUUGAGCUUCCUCACCAGUCAGCCAAGCUCUUUGUUGGUGAUGCCCUUGCAUUUGAUGAAAAGAGAACAUCGCGCCCAUAUAAGUGGGCCCAGCAUUUGGCAGGAAUUGAUUUUUUGCCAGACGUGUCACCCUUGCUUGCUUUCCAUGAAACUCCAAAUGGUGAAACAGCUAAAAGUGAUGCUGUUAUAUCUGGUCUUUCAUUGUAUCGCCAGCAGAACCGGGUUCAGACAGUUGUGCAAAGAAUUCGCUCUCGGAAAAAGGCUCAGCUGGCUCUUGUGGCACAGCUUGAUUUGCUUACGAAGCUUAAAUGGCCUGCUCUAACUUGUCAAAGUGUUCCGUGGGCUUUGCAUGAUCCUUUGUGCAAUUUGCAUGGUUGGUCACCUGUAGGGCCCCCACCAAUUCAGGCUUUAUCUUUGCCUGUUGUUGAAACGGACCAAGUUCAGGAACCUAUAGAUGAUGAUAUGAUUGGAAGACCUGGUGCUUCAAAGGAAGAGCUAGAGAGUGCAAGAGAAGACGGGGAGCUUCCAUUGUUGCUUCCUUCUGCAUCUGUCACGAGUGAUGUUAAACUUAACCGCUCAAAAGGGUCCAAUCUUGAGCAUUCAAGGCAGCUGUCUUUGAUCACAAAAAGCCUUGUACCUCCAUUCACUAAGGCAAAAUCACAAAGUUUUAAGAAGUUUGAUGAGGAUUCUGAUCUGAUGCUGGAUACUGAUAGUGAUCAGGAUGGGCUUGCAUAUAUUGAGGUCGAGGGAGAAAAUUCCGCUUCUGCUCAAUAUAAUGAGAUGGGAGAGAAGUUAUGGGUGGAUUUUGGGGUCAGGGAGUUUUGUCUUGUUUUAACUAGGAACAUGGAUACUGACAAGAGAAUUUGGAAGUUAGAAGCCAAGAUUAAGAUCAGCAUGGAAUAUCCUCUUAGACCUCCUCAUUUUGUAUUGGGUCUUUACACUAUAUCUUCUGGAGGAAAUAAUUCUGAGAGUGAUGGUUCUGAGUGGUACAAUGAGCUUCGUGCAAUUGAAGCUGAGGUCAAUCUUCACAUAUUAAAGAUGCUACCGCUGGAUCAGGAAAACCAUAUUUUAUCUCAUCAAGUGUGUUGCCUUGCAAUGUUGUUUGACUAUUUCAUGGGUGAGGCAUCCUCAUCCUCAGAAAAGAGAAAGAGUACAUCUGUGGUUGAUGUUGGUUUGUCUAAGCCCGUUAGUGGUAGGCUUCUUGCCAGAUCAUUUAGAGGAAGGGAUCGUAGGAAGAUGAUAUCAUGGAAGGACAUGGAAUGCACUUCUGGCUAUCCUAACUAAAUGUGUUGAUUUGGGAUCUGAAGGUGAUGAAACCAGUGCAUCCCCUGCUGCAGCCUGCAAGCCAGGCACGGAAAGAAAUCAUAGGAAGGAUGAAUGAUAGGUUUUGUAGCUUUUUUUAACAGUAGUAGAUCUACUAUAAGCGUAAACAUUGAUGUGAUACAAAUAAUUUGACAGGAUGCUACUUAUCAAAAAAAAAAAAAUUUGACAGGAUGCUUGGAGCACAUCAUUUCGGAUAUGAAUUGUAAAAUCAUGGAGGCCUUAAGUCUGGAGGGGUUCUUCUUGGCCAUAAGUUAUAUUCUGCGUUUUGUCAACUUUGGGUUACCCUGGUAGGAAUUCUGGUUCUUACAAAGAAGAAUGGUAGAAAUUCUGGGACGUGUUAUAUGUCUGACUCAAUAUGGUUAGCCAUCAAGAUGUAGAUCUUUUAGUUUAUUGUCUAGUCCUGAAUUUUGGAGAUCUGAGAACCUCAUGGACUUAAAGUAACGAGUUGAAUGUGUUGUUGUUUUUGGUAUUUUAA